UUGCACGUCCCUUGCGAGAGUCGCUCAGGAAGGCCUACUGUGACAGAUCAUAUCAAGUGGAUGAAUACCAAUUCCAACUCUACCGUGCCCUGGGUUAGCUCUCGUUGCUUUUUAGGUUUUUGAGGCUUUUGUGAGCUUUGCUGCCUGGCGCAGUGUAAUUUUAUCUUGGAAAAUAUACUUUUUAUGUGCACAUAUAACCACCAAGCGCCUCUCAGCUUUGUUGGCUCCCUUUUCUCCUUCACUCACAUCUGAGCGGGCAGUUAUUUAUCAAAAGUUACCACUGAACAGUCGCGCCAAUGAUGAACCCUUAGAAUGCAUUCAGCAGGAUGCCACCAAAGUCUACAAAACUGCUCGCGCUUAAAUGGGUACUGAGGUCCGCAUUUGGCUGUUUCUUUUUGUUUGUUGUUACAAGUAUGCAUGCGAGCAAGUGGCUAGUAUGUAUUUUCAUAGGAUUCCAAGGUCGCAACGAAAAACGAGUCAGGCAACGAUAAAUCUCAAGUGAACCAGCAUUCUAUGUGCUCAUAAUUUCUUCAGGGUUUCUUUUCUCUUGACCUUUGCUUUUCUUUUUCUUAAUUUACAUGCUUGGUCUAUUUUUACCAUUUAUAUGAGAUGGCUGCAUAUCUCUCUUGCCUCCAUAAGAAAGAUGAGGAGAGGCACAUGUACUAAAAAGCAACACCAAAACGAUAGCAAUGAAGCACAGCAGAGUAAAAGUUUAGAGAUAUAUCAUUUAACCUGUUCACUAAGUAGAGUUUAAAAUAAAAUGGAAUAUUCAAGAUCGACUCCAGGGCUCCUCCGUGGAUAUCAGUGUACGGAGGUACCUUUACGGAGCUCUUAUCGAUAAGACGCGGGGCACCCUGUCUGCCUGGAACCAACGUCAACUUGCUGUGUCUCACACUCUACCUUCGCACCUUAUCAAACAUUCGGAGUCUUCACGAUGGAGGCAUCUGCUUUGAAGGCUUGGGAGUUGGACAACAAUGUCCAGCUAGUCGAUCCCAAACGCGACGCUCUCUACAACUUCGACGCCGAUGCUCAGAAGGUCAUAAACAACGAGAAGGCAUGGAAGCAAACACCAGACUAUUUCAAGCAUGUGCGAAUAAGCGCUACUGCUCUUAUAAAGAUGACCAUGCACGCGCGAUCUGGCGGCAACCUUGAGGUCAUGGGCUUGAUGCAAGGCUACACCCACCAGGACACAUUUAUCGUCACCGACGCAUUCCGACUGCCUGUUGAAGGAACAGAGACUCGUGUCAACGCCCAAGGCGAAGCGAACGAAUAUCUUGUCGAGUAUCUUGAUCUAUGUCGAGCGCAGGGCCGACAGGAGAACGUGGUGGGCUGGUACCACAGCCACCCAGGCUACGGAUGCUGGCUGAGCGGUAUCGAUGUCGAUACAGAGGCCAUGCAGCAGAAAUGGCAGGAUCCUUUCCUUGCCGUCGUUAUCGACCCCGAUCGCACUAUCAACUCAGGCAAGGUCGACAUUGGCGCUUUCAGAACCUACCCGGAGGACCACCAGGCUGGCACAGUCACCUCUGAUGGCUUCCAGGCAGUGCCGCUCGCCAAGGCUGCCGAGUUUGGUGCUCAUGCAGGCCGCUACUACAGUCUCGAAGUGUCCCAUUUCAAGAGCUCUCUCGACUCGCAUCUCCUUGAGCUCCUCUGGCACAAGUACUGGGUACAGACUCUUAGCCAGAACCCACUGAUCACGAACCGCGACUAUGGCAACAAGCAGAUGCUCGAUUUGAGCUCUAAGAUCAAGGACGCGAUGACAGGCAUCACGAGAAGCCGAAAUGGACAAGGCAUGAUGGGUACGAGCCAUAAGGGCUCCGACAAGGCCAUGGACAAGCUGGCAAAGGAAGCCAGCCUCAUUGCAUCUAAGGAGAGGUCUGGUCUGGUUGCUAAUCAGGUCAAGGCUAGCGUUUUCAACGACCUUGGGUUAAAGGCUGAAGAACCAACAUCGUGAAAAGGAAUGACACUGGGAUUAUGGGAAUGCAUGUAGCAUAACGAAACGGCAUAGAUGGCGUUCAGAGGUGAAAUCGGCAAUCUUUACUUUUAUCUGCGCUUAGGAUCUUAAAGUGCAUUCUUCCUCCGUAUUGCAUCAGUAUGGGAAGCUAGGUGUUUAGUCUUCAAGUGUCCUGAAGAAGGGUUUUUCGACGGCAUAACUACUUCCUAGAGUUCAGUAGGUUGCAAUACGGUGCCCAGUCAAUAGCCUCCCCAAUUGAUGACUCACUAUUCAACAAAUUUCGCUUUAUCCAGAAACAGAUCUGGGCAAGCAAGCAAUGUGGAUAAAAUAAGUGGGUGGAGGAUUGCCUACCUUAUGGAUAAGCGUAAACUCGACGACACAAAGAGCUAAGCUAUUGGUUAUAUUCUUAUUGAUCAGAAUGUGUGACGUUAUUGAUCGCAGGAAAUCCUUUCAUUGGAUUGGGUUAGGAAGU